AUGCGUCGAUCCGCGAGCGCCUCCAUAGUUUCCGACCAACUAUCAGCGAAUUCUCCUUCCCCAUCACCGUCUCCGCCGCGAAUUCAGAGCGCCGCAGAUUCGGAGGAUCUCAAUCUUCUUCUGCCUCGGUACGACCCCAACUCUCACCCCGGGAAGAAGGCCAAAUCGCGUCUCAGAUCCGCCGAGAACGCUAUCCAUUUCAUCCCUCUCCUCCUCAUUCUCUGCGCCGUCAUUCUCUGGCUCUUCUCAAAUCCAGUAAUAAUGAAGUGA